AUGGACCCCCCUUCGAUUCCCCCACCACCUCCACCCCCACCACCGCUGAACAUUCCCCCCUCCCGCGCACGACUCCAAUUGGCAGCCCGUCUAGCGAUGCAUCAAAAGAAAGAACAAGAAUCUACAUCCGACGACGACGAGGAGAAUCCCACGGAUCCAUUCGCUGAUACGGAAGAGGACUUUGAUGAUGAGCCGCAGGAUAGGGGGGCUUGGUGGAGGGAUGUCAAGGGUGGUGAAUCUGACGAUGAGGAGGAGUUUGGGGAUUUUGAGAUGCCUGAAACUACCAAUACAGGUAAAGAUAUAGGUGGUAAGGAGGAUGAUGGGGAGGGAGAUGGGGUGGUUAGACCUCAACCGAGGAGUUUGUGGCCUUUUGGAUUGAGUAAAGCUGAGACGGACAAAGCUGAAGCUGUGGAGGUUAAGGAGGCCAAGAGGAGAACUAGUAUUGAGGAUCCUGAUGAUGAUGAGGUUGUUGUUUGA